AUGUGUACAUCGAAUAAGCCGUUCCUCAAGUUAGAAAACUUGAAUAAGGAAAAUUUCCAGCUCCUAAGGGAAAAGACAUUAAUACUGAAAAAAGAAAGAAUCUAUGUUGACAUACCAAAAAAGAGCUUACAUGUAACUAGUAUUGAAAAAUCAUGCCCUCUAACAUUUUUUAUGUUAAAAUAUAAAUAUAAAAUAGAUAUACAAAAUAUACAAAUCAGAGUUGUAAAAGACAUUGGUGAACUGUGUACAAAUGAUAACGAAAUUUAUGAUGAAAGUCAGAUUGUUGACACAUCCAUACAUUAUGCAAAUGAUGCUAAUAAAUGUAGUGAUAAAAAGGACGAAAAUUUCUUAAAAUCGUUUGUUCAAUUUGAUAUACCCGUUUUGAAAGAAUUUGAUAGAGUAUAUUUUUUUAAACACAUAAUUGAAAUAAUAGAUACGCUAGCAGCUGAUGUAGUAUAUAGACACAGUAUAGGAGGGUAUAAAAAAAAUAAUAAAUACAAUUUUGUAACAGUAUUAUUUAACAAUUUAAAAGUAUAUGAAAAAAGUAAAAUGCAUCAUGAGUUUUGUUUCUCUUUGCAUGAACAAAAAGGAUUGAUUAUAAAUUGUUAUAUUGUUCAUUCAGGAAAUACUUCAUAUAUACUAAAGCUAGAUUUUUUUCAAGAAAAUAAACUAAUUUUUGAUAUAUAUGCAACUUUUGUUAAUAUAAAUCAUGUAACGUUUAAACCUCAAGAAGUUGUGCAUGUUAAUAAUUUACUAAAUAAUGAAAAAUAUGAACAAGUCAGGAAAUUUGCAUGUUAUAUUAAAGAUAUACAAAAUAUGUUUAAUCACAAAGAUAUUAAAAAUAAAUGUUUACAUCAAAAGGAUAUCCAAUUUUUAUUAAACUAUUUUAAAGAUAUUAAAGUAGAGGAAGGAAAAUCAUAUUUUUAUAAUAAAAAUGUUAAUAACAAUACAAAUAUAUAUGAUGACCAACCAAAUGAAAAUAGUACACAAGAGAAUGAUGAAAAAAAUACAUUAACUAUUAUUGACAGUAUGGUGGACACAAAUAAUUUAUCUUUUUAUAAAGGAAAAAACAAUUUUUAUUGUAAAGACUCCUAUAUUGAGUCUAAGCAUUUUAUAUCCUCGGAGUUUAAAAACAUACACAAUUUUACAUUUGGAGGAUAUUUGGCCUAUUUAUCUUUUUGUCAUGCUAUGACCAUAAUCAAACAUUUUAUAUCACAUCCUAUACUUAUAGAAGUUAACGAAAUACAAUAUAUAUUACCAGUUCCAUACAAUUCGGUUUUUUCCUUUAGAGGAAAAGUAGUAUAUUGUGAUCAAGACAAAAUUCAAAUUAAAAUUGUUGCCUAUUGUUUUGAUUUUAAAAAAAAUGCCUACUAUUUGACCACCAUAUUUGAUAUGUCCUUUGAAAACAACGCAGAAAUUGCUUUUAUUCCCCAAUCAAAUGAGGAAAUUAAGCUCUACUUAUUUGCGUACAUUCGUUCGCAGCUCUUGCCUUAG